CUAUGACCAAAAAAUGACAGAUCAUCAAACCACGGGAUUGGGGAUGUGAUUUAUUUAUUUUUAUAAUUUUCUGUGUGAAAACGCUGGGUAUUUGUUCAAAUUUAACAGUGGCAGGUGAUUUAAUUACUAAAUCUUCUAAUGAGAUGUCCCUAGAUUAAUUUAGAGAAAAGCCUAUGAAGUUUUGUCGUGUCACACUGGGACGUCAUUGGAGUGAUAAGGUUUUAUUGUUGAAUAUUUAUGUGUAAUUGACGUGAUCAGUAUUGUGAAGUGUUUUUUUGGACAGAGCGAUGGCCGAGACGAGUGAAGCGCGAGCUAGCGCAUCGGCGCCGGGCGGUGACGCUGGUGGAGAAGAUGACAAACAUGAUGAGCGUAUGUUAGAGUGUAACAUCUGCUUGGACACGGCCCGCGACGCCGUCGUCAGUAUGUGUGGGCACCUGUUCUGCUGGCCAUGUUUGCACCAGUGGCUAGAGACACGUCCAAGUAGGCAAGUCUGCCCAGUGUGCAAAGCGGCUAUCAGCAGAGACAAAGUUAUCCCACUGUAUGGCAGGGGCAACACUAAACAGGAGGACCCAAGGAAUAAGGUACCACCGAGGCCCGCGGGACAGCGUACGGAACCUGAGAAUACUAGUGGCUUUCCUGGGUUCGGGUUUGGCGAGGGCUUCCAUAUGUCUUUCGGCAUAGGCGCCUUUCCGUUUGGGGUGUUUACAUCCACAUUCAAUUUUGGAGAUCCAAGACCCAGUGCUGCACCCCGCGGCACUGCCCAGUACGACGAAGAACAGUUCUUAUCUAAGAUAUUCCUGUGGGUGGCCAUCUUAUUUGUAUUGUGGCUAAUAUUCGCAUGACCGCCGGAAAUGAGUCCGCCGCCCACGGGCCGCGUCCUGCAUCCUCACUGACUUGCCUCUGACAUCAGUGUGCGCUUCGGUAUGUUUACACUUUGGUCGCGAUCUUUACCAAAUUCUCCCCAUUUCCUUUAAUAGUUUUUAUAAUAAAUUGCUAGUGGUCUAUUUGCCUAUUGAAAGGUGCAACUCUAGAUUAAAGUGUUGUGAUGGGGUUUUGGUUAAAGUAGGCAACAUGGUAACUUGUAACUUCAGUGACACAAUGGAUACAACCUUAGUAGUUAAUUCUUUUUUCAUCAUCUUAGCUACCAAUCUGGGGCACAUAUAGGCCUUUCUUAAUGAUUUUAUUUAACUAAUUUUUUUGGUAAUAAAGACGAUAUAAUUCGUUAAAGGCCUUCACGCAGGUGCUAAGUUAUUGCAUAUAGGCUGUAGGUAGGCAGGCAUGUUACAGUUGACAUACUGCACCUUACUGCUAACAAUGUGCCACAAAUUUAUUUGUCCCAACAUGUUUGUGAAAAUACUUUAGGGAAAAUUGGUAAAUUAAUUUUAUUUUUUCCAUUUAAAACCAGAAAAACAACAAUCACAACUGCUGAUUUUCUCUUUCACGACGAAGCAUUCAAAUUAAAAAAAAAAUCCUAAAUUAAUGGUAAUGGAUGCAAGCAAUGUGCUAUCUACCACUGUAAUUGAUACUAACUUACUACUCCUCUUUUUCUUUGCUGAUAUUGAUGAAAACUUUAGUGGUGUGGAAGAGAAUCAAGUCCUGUGCUUCAUCCGUAGAGAUAUAAUUAUAUACCUUAAAUAACACUUCAAUUUAUCCAACUGCUAUUGUGUGAAAUUAUAUUGGGACUAGGUAAUGAUUUGUUGUGUUGCUCAAAACAUCAAAUAUUGGAAGGUUCCUACAUAGUUUUAAAUGAUGGUACAACGUAUUUUGUGUCUUACCUACCAUAAAACAAUCAAUUUUAAAAUAUAUGAAUAUUUAAUUUAUUAUUAUUUAUUGAACUCUCCAGAAAUUAAGUAAUUUAAAAAAAGAAAUAUUUUAUGAAUUUAAUUUUCUGACUUGAAAUAUUUUUGUGUCCUGAAAGAUACUUUAAAUUAUGAGAGAAAAUAUUUUUAGGCUGCAAAGAGGGUAGUCGUCUUUAUAAGCCAUGAAGAUUGCAAAGGUAGCAAACACCUUAAACCACUGGUUUGUUAACUGUGCAAGUUUAUAUAUUUUAAAUAAUGAAAAUACUAGAAUAUU